AUGAAGCAACUCAAACACAAUGGCCAGAUUAGUUUCUCAAUGUUCACCGCCAACGGCCUCUAUCGCAAGAGCAAUGGAUUGAAGAACAAGGAAGGCGGCGAGAAGCGGCAGAGCGCCGCGAGGAGGAGGAGAGACAGGCGGCGAGAAGCGGCAGAGCGCCGUGAGGAGGAGGAGAGAAAGGCGCGAGAAGACGCUGAACGUCGAGUGCAACCAAACUCCCUGUUUCGCCUCCUCGAUCGCUGCCACAAUUCUCUCUCCCAAGGGAUCCAAGUUGAGGCAGAUGCCACCCUUACUACUCAGGGCGACGCGGCCGAUCCAGUGAACCGACUCUACCCCAAGCACAUCGUUCCUUGGCGUGACUUCCCCCAACUACAGGAACAGAUCUGGGACAAAUUCGACCGUAAUAUUGCUUUUACCAUGCGCCCACUAUUCCCCUCUGAUACCCAAAUCGAUUAUGUCGUCACGAAUAUCCAGAACAGAUCAAUCUAUUCGAAAGCCUCUCUUCGGAAUUUUGAGCGACACACGGUGGACAACUUUGUUGAAAAGGUCAUUGAGGUUUCCCGAGACGAUGAACCCCUUCGAGAUGAGUUUGGAAUCCAAGGCCGAGUCACCUUCUAUGAUCGCACAAACCCGUCGGAAACUUUGCUCGAGAACAGCCUAGAGCAAAUGAAUCUCGAGGACGCGCGGACACCCCAACGACCGGCGAACACGAAGCGUGGAAGAGGCUGA